AUGGUCAGCGGAAGGAAGUGUACUUUGGAUGACAUGAGGAUACACAAGAUGCAGGAGCUGAGACAAGAAGAACUGCCAGGUCCGACUGUGAAAGGUACGGUUAAUUAAUUGACAAUUGAACGUGCUCGUUUUUCCUAGGGGACUUUUGAUUUUUACUUAAUUUUUGAGAGGAUGAUUACCUUGAUUUUAAACUUUAUGUUAUUACUAAUUUUUUGUGAAAAUGUAAGGUUUUACUGGGCUGUAAAAGUAUCCUGGAAACUUGUGAACUUACGCUGUAAAUUAAUCGUAUUUUAGAAAGGCCGAGAGUGAUUGAGCCAUGCGAUUUUAUGUUCAGAUAUGUCUUCGGAGAGUUUUGUGGCACUCUGAUAUUGACAUUUUUUGGUAAGUUGAGUAUUCAUUAUUAUUAGUAUCUUUAAUUUAAAUUGUUUACUCUGCAAAGCAAUUUAAAUUACUAUUACAGGUGGUUACUUUCUACAGUUUUACACUCAUAACUCUACCGUGGCAGUUAUCUCCAUGGGAUGUGUAAGAUACGUUUUAAUGAAUUUGUUUGGCCAGAUCUGUGACGCUGAAUUCAAUCCAGGUGAGAAUAUAUAAGAUUGUAAACCCCAACUAAAAAAUAUUUUAAAAUGACGUUUUAUGCUGUGACAGUUCCUUUGAUUUCGUAAAUUUCAGCGAUUUCACUUGGCAAAUUGUUUUGCCUGAAGCGACCGGUCUUUGUGGGACUUUCGAUAAUUGGGUCUCAGAUGUUUGGAGCUUUUAUAGGUCAAGUACUUCACUCUGUUAUUCAAAUCAUACCCUCAAGUAACACUACUAUUAACGAGACAGUAAUGUCAUUCGAGUUAACUUUGUCUCUCGAGGUAGUUACUACCUUGCUAUUUGUUAUUGUAUUUAUAACAACUAGGAGUGCUUAUUGUAUGGGUGCUAUUACUGUAAGUUAUAACUACUUUGUUGUGUAGUUUUGUGUCAUCAUAAUUGUUGAUAUUUUGAAGCCAGUUUGAAGUUUUUUCCUAUAUUACGAAGACUUAUCAUUUGAUUAGGUAGUGAACAUGGCUUUGAGCUGUGAAGGUGGAAAUACGACAAGAACGAACGGUAAUAUGGCCAGAACUCUGUCCCAAAGUCUUGUUGCUGCGAUUUGGAAACAAGAACAUGCCUUCAGGCAUCUGGACGCUGUAGGCGCUGCUACAGUAAUGACCCCGUUGCUUGGAGCUGCUAUCUUUUGGUGGGUUUUCAUACUGUAGUUUUUUAACUCAAAUAUAUUUGAUACCAAAUAAAAAUUUAAAUUAUGAAAUGUAAAAUACGGGUUUCAGGAUAAUGAAUUCGGUGAAAGAAAUGGCAGACGCUGACAGAGACUCUGUGGCAUAG